GAAAACCCAAAUGCUACUCUCUCCUUGCCAUAAUCCUUCUAACCAUGCUCAUCCUGGUCUUCUUUAGCUCUGGGCUUCUGAGCCCCAGAAGCCAGACACCAGGAAGCCCAGAAGUGGGGGCCCGUGUUAAAGAACUGGACCAUCUGCAAGUUGUGACCUUGUCAAGAAUGGUCUACCCCCAGCCCAAGGUGCUAACACCCUGUAGGAAAGAUGUCCUGGUCGUGACCCCUUGGCUGGCUCCCAUCAUCUGGGAGGGGACCUUCAACAUUGGCAUCCUCAAUGAGCAGUUCCGGCUCCAGAAUGCCACCAUCGGAUUAACUGUGUUUGCCAUCAAAAAGUACGUGGUCUUCCUGAAGCUGUUCCUGGAGACGGCGGAAAAGCACUUCAUGGUGGGGCACCGGGUCACCUACUACGUGUUCACCGACCGGCCAGCGGAUGUGCCGCGUGUGGCCCUCGGGGCAGGGCGGCGCCUGGUGGUGCUCACUGUGGGCACCUACGCACGCUGGCAGGACGUGUCCAUGCGCCGCAUGCAGGCCAUCAGCGACUUCUCUGAGCGGCGCUUCCGCCAUGAGGUGGACUACCUGGUGUGCGCGGAUGUGGACAUGCAGUUCGAUGACCACGUCGGCGUGGAGAUCCUGUCUCCACUCUUCGGCACCCUGCACCCUGGCUUCUACGGGAGCAGCCGCGAGGCCUUCACCUAUGAGCGCAGGCCGCGGUCCCAGGCCUACAUCUCCCGGGACGAGGGGGACUUCUACUACAUGGGGGCCUUCUUUGGGGGGUCAGUGCAGGAGGUGACCCGGCUCAGCAAGGCCUGCCACCAGGCCAUGAUGGUGGACCAGGCCAAUGGCAUCGAGGCUGUGUGGCAUGAUGAAAGCCACCUGAAUAAAUACCUGCUGUACCACAAACCCACCAAGGUCCUGUCCCCAGAGUAUAUGUGGGACAAGCAGCUGCUGGGCUGGCCUGCUGUCAUGAAGAAGCUGAGGUACGUGGCGGUGCCCAAGAACCACCAGGAGAUCCGGAACCGGUGA